AUGAAGAAACGGUGUCCUGGAUUAAGGCAGCCUGAGACCGCUAUUACAACAUUGUAUGCGGGGUUGAGACAGUCAUCACAGGGACCAACUGAGAUUCAGCAUCACGACACUUUGGCUUUCGAGGUAUCAUGUCCUAUUUUCUUGGCUGGAAUCGGAGUCUAUGGCUAUGCUUCGUUAAUGGACUCCCUCGAUUCUGCUAUUACCCGAGCCCCGAGUGUUCGAUCCACUCUGCCGGGCAUUCGGAUGACAGUCUGCAUCCGUAUCAAAAGGUGGACCUGGAGAAAAGGACCGGUCAACUGGAUUUCUGGGGAUCCUAUUCAAGAUUCUCAAGUUCAACGGUUAGUUACAAAUCCCGAAUUGAUCAGGUCCAAUAUUUGCUACAAUUCUCGUCGUAGGCGUCGUUUACUUGAGCCGCAACAACACACACUUCUAUCCUACGGCUCCAGACACCUUCAGGAGCGACUUCCUCAAUUUACCGGAUUUUUGACAGUUAGCCACCAGCACGCAAGCAACCGCGUAUUGAACCGGGGCACGAGCCGAGCAACGGUUUCCGGUCAACUUGGAACUACUUUCAACCCUGAACUACUGACAUUGAUGAACAAUGCACUGCUAUCAGAGACGGUUAGCUCACAGCUUCCGGAAGGGAUAAGGCAUUCAGUAAACGGAACAGGACACUAUUUGCGGAGUUAUGAUCCAGGAUCGCUUAUUCAGGUGAGCUGUUAA